AAUUUCACUCAGUCGGCGAGGAAGGCGAGAGAGAGAAAGACAAUCCUUCGCAUUUUAUAAUACAAAGGUAUUGGCUGUGUGACCGGCAGCCGGUUGGAGUGCUGGCCUUUUGUGGAUUGCAGAAAAAUGUAGGAACCAUGUAACGUGUGAGGAUGUGUCAGGAGUGUGUUAAGGAAGAGUACCCAGAUCGGGGCACGAUCUGUCUGGACACAGGAGCGUACUUAGCAAACCUACAAGGCUGUCAUGUUUGUGGUGUUAAAGACUCCCUCAACACUGCGAACCGGUCCAUAUUCGACUCACAGACUUCUCCACAAGAAGUCAUUGAGUAUGACCAUGUAUGCGGAAACUGCAGCCAUGUGAUUGCUUCUCACACACACCGGUUCUGGGUAGAAGAGGACUUCCAGUACUAUGAGAUGAGCUGCAUGCUCUGUGGUGAGGCUGAUGACACACGCUCCUGUCUCCCUGACGACCCACGCAUGGAAACCAUCUUGUUCUGAGGACCUAAAACACCAAGGAACUUUCCUCUUUCUAUGCCACAGUGAAGCAUGUGAGACUGUGAAUCCCUGCAUACAAGAAGGGAGGAAAUGGUUUGGGUGUUGUUGACUUUCUUGCCUGUGGAGAAGCUAUAUUCAUAAGAAGCACUUAGAUGUGCAUGUAGGAUCUCUUUACAUAAAUAUCUGUUGAAACCUGAUUUGUAUUUUUGUUGUUGUUGUUGUUUUUAAUUGUAUUCUGUAUGAACUUACUCUUUUAAGGAGUAACUGUUGUGUUUUUUUUCCAUUAAACUGUUUAUGAAUGUUCAAGGGUUUUUAAUAAGAUUGAUGUGUGAUUGUUAUUGAUAAUAUUUAUUUUAUUUGUUAAACAUUUUUUAUUGAUAUGUAGCAUUUUCUAUAUUUAUAUUUUUAUACCCAUUUUUUACCAAAACCUCAAUAUCACAAAUAUGUAAGAAUGAUAUUUAGAAUUAAAAGUUUUUGAAUGUGCAUCAAAUUCGGUAUAAAAUACACAAAGCUGGUCAUUUUUAGUCAUAAAGCUGGAAAAUACCCACAAAAUUUACAGUUAGUCAUAAAGUUUACAUAAUGGUGGGUGUUCGCAAGAUAAGGACUGUUCUCUUAAUGGUAAUGGUGCUUUUGUUAGUGUAUAUUAUGAAACAGGUUGGUCAACGGUGGUCUGUCAAGGAAUAUACCCCAGGAAAGCAUGUGAUGAGCAGAAAUCGCUUAGAGGAUCUUGUUGUCAUCAUUAGAGAAUUUGAGACCUUUGAUAACGACGUAAGUGAGACCGUUGAAUCUGUAUUGAGCGCAUGUGGUGGAGUGUGUAGGGUUUUGGUCGUCAGUGAUGAGACUAUUUAUCCCCCUCUGCACCUGCCAAAGCAAGUCAAGUCACUGGUCUUGACACCUGGACUUCUGCACCACCGUCCACACAUCCCUGAUUUUCUCACAAAUACAAAAUAUGUAUUAAUACUCCCCGAUGGCGCGCGGUGUUCUUCUCGCAUGCAGUUGCAUGAUCUGAUACACUUGCUUGACACUGGUGAUUGGCAGGUAGUUGCAGUUGGUGUGGGUGGAUCACCUCUCACAUGCCAUCGUUACACACUUGACAUUCAGGCCUGGACACUUUCUAUAGCCCCAGCACCUCAGAGCGAGGCAUGUGAUGCAAUAAGUGGCCGUGCAGCCAUCCUGAUGCAGGUUAGUGAUUUCUUGAAGCUAACCCAUCCAUUAGCUCGACCCAUCCCAGUUAGCAUAGGUAUACAGGGUGCAUCACGUUCUUGGAAGGUCCAUGUCAGUCGAGGAGGCUUGUUUGGUGAGGGCCGCCAGCUCUACUCAACAGAGCACUUGCAGUGGAAGCAUGAUUCACUCGAAGAAGAAAGAAGAAAGGCUUUAUAUGCUGCUCUGGGAAUUAAGAAAGUGGUAAGUUCUGGUGGCAAUGUUCUGUGGUAUGGCUGCACUCGUACAACACCACGGUGCUUUCCAACAGUGGUGGAUGACACACCUGAUUACCUCUACCUGGGUCGUUGGACACCACCAUGUUGUCUGGAAGGGCUUAGAGCCACAGCUAGACAUGUAUUUCAAGCUUUGAAAGCAUGUCGUGCUCGCUGGUGGCUGGAAGGAGGUUCAUUACUGGGGGCUGUUCGCAAUGGAGACAUCAUUCCUUGGGAUUAUGAUGUUGAUGUAGGAAUUUAUGCACAAGAUGUGGAUCGCUGUCCACAGCUUAAAGCAGCACGUUGGCAAACUUUAGAGGAUGCAGAAGGGUUUGUGUGGCAGAGGGCAUCGGAGGGAGGGUUUUUUAGAGUACAUUACAGCACUACGAAUCACCUCCAUGUGGAUGUCUUUCCCUUCAGCCCACGUGGAGGUGCCAUGACACGUGGUGGUGCUUGGACUACAGGCCACCGUCAAGACAUAGAUUUCCCAGAACAUUUCUUAAGACCCCUUGCUACAGUUAACUUUGCUGGGGUCUUAGCCUCAGCCCCCAACAAUGUGCGGGACUUUUUAGAGCUCAAAUUUGGUGCAGGUGUCAUAGAGUCACCACAAUACCCCAAUCCUGGUGUGCUUCUCUCUCGAAAUAUCUCAAUUCUGCCACACCUGUGAUGUGGACCUUGCCUUACAGAGGAGUUGACAGGGACAACAGUGGACUCUCGGGCACUCUCUUGGUUGCCAUUGCAGGUAUUCUUGUCUUCUGAUGCAAAUGUGAAUGUUUUUACAAAUAAUUCAUCUCGUCUUAUUAGUGUGCAUUUAUUGUUGAUGUGUUGUCUUCCAACAAUGUGAAGUAUAUUUUAUCAAAUUAUAUUAAUAUUGAAUAUCAAUGGAAUCAAAAUAUUGAAUAGUAAGUAAAAUCAUUACUAUUGAUUUCCUUACAUACCCUCAUUUGUGAUUACUCUUCAGGAAAUGUAUACAAGUUUAAUAGAUAAAUUAAGCAAAAAUUGCUGAUGUUGGCUAUUUGUGAUAUAAUUAGAAAAAAAAAAAUUGAGUUUGCAGUGCUCUUGGCUUCAAAUGUUUUGUUGUUGAUAGAAUCUGUUGAAUAAAAUUUUCAGUGACAAGUGAAAAGUGUGAUAUGUUGAAGAAGACCAUAACUUUGCUCAAUUACUGUAUCCCAUUUUAAGGGUUCAAAAUUUUGUAAAAGUAUGCAUGGAGCUCUUUAUCAUUUUUGACAGAUAUUUAGUUUGAUGUAGUGGAAAGUUUGUUAAAAGCCUGUGUAUUUCAUUAAUAGCUUCGUUUUGAUAGCAUAAUCUUCUGACAUUUUGAAAAUUACAAAAUGUGACUGCACAAACAGUAGAUAAAAGACAUCAAACAUUGCACCUGGAACUGUUAUUGAGUUUAGAAUGCAGACAAUCUAGCUGAUUUGUUUUCCUUGAGAAUUAGUGAGUCUGCUGUUUGCUUAUUUAUGCUGAGUUGAUCCAAGGCAUUGAUUUGAUCUGCCAGAUUUUGUAUAACAAAGAGAUAGGAAGUAUAUAAAAAAAGUUGCUGCUGCCAAAUAGUGUAGGAGAUGUUAGAAAGUGGUAAUGUGCUGUGCUUUUAGAUGUCUCAGAUUUGGUGUACGUUCUUUUGAUGACUGUGACGUUGUCAUUUAUUACAGUCAUAUUUGAUGUUGAACUGAUUAUUGUGGUAAUAAAUGAAGGAUGUGCAAAUA